AUGCCUCCAAGUUUGGAUACACUAUCCGGAACCGUGUCUUCAAUAUGGAAGCGCCUCUUCAGAAGUAGUUUGGAUUCGUUCACCUAUACGCCACUGCAUGACGAUGAUGAGAUACGUCUCCUCAUUCUUGCGCCGCGGCCUCGCAAUAGUGAGCCAUUUGGCAGUCGUCGGCUUGGUGACAGUAUUCAACAUGUUCGUCUCUCAGCCUCGCCCUUGUAUACUGCCAUAUCUUGGAUGUGGGGCAAGCAUGGCGAUCGAGUCGACUUUGAAGUUGAUGGUCAUACUCUGAGGGUGCAACGAAACUUGAAAAGGAUCAUUCAACACUUACGACAUGAUUCUCAAACCCGUCGAGUAUGGAUCGACGCUGUCUGUAUCGAUCAAAAGAGCAUACAGGAGCGCAAUCAUCAAGUUCAAAUGAUGGGCAAAAUCUACGGAAACGCCAAUUAUGUCGUUGCUUGUUUGACUGAUACGAAUGCCUUAAUAAGAAACCCAUUUGACCUACAAACACACAAGAACGCUAGUUCCCUCACCCGUCGUGAGGCUUCGGAUUUACACAGCACGUUGUAUUACACGCUACACGAGACAGAGGAGAUGGGUAUUAUAGGCAGCUCUAGUCGUUACCCGAACCCCAUCUCCCAGUGGAGCCGCUUCCUCGAGAAUGAGUACUUCACCCGCCGCUGGAUAAUCCAAGAAAUCACUCUAGCCCAAUCAGUCACAUUCUGCUGUGACGGAUAUCUAAUGCCGAUGAGCACCGUCAGGGAAGCCAUCCAGAGCUCGAGAAUAAGGAGACCGGACAGCGGUCCUUCUGAGUUGCACCAUCAAGCUAUGCGGCUUUGUUCCACAGACCCACAGACAUCGUCUUACACCUCAAUGGAAGAUCUCCUGUAUUUGCACGAAAGGGCAGAGUGCUCGGAUUUUCACGACAAGGUCUAUGCAUUAAUUUCACUGACCCCUAAUGCACAAGUUCAUCUCCCAGUUGAUUAUAAUGCCAGCCGGGCCCAGCUUCUGCUGACGGUCUUCAAUUUCUCCCUCACAUACCAAGACUUGUCAACUUUCCGAAUCCUGGGCUUCAUGUCCUUCCUUCGACAACAUCUUGAAGUUAGCAGGGAAGAGCUGCACGGCAGCAUCCACGAUCCCGAGACUCCAUUGUACUCUACCAAUAUCGCCGUCCGGGGUAUCGUGCGCGGUUGGAUCUCAACUGCCCAUCCCGGGCUUCGUGAGGAAGAGACAGCCCUUCGAAUCCGCGACCGAUUGCCUGCCCUUUUCCCUCUCCGCAGACUUUUACUGAACGAGAAAGGGCCUGAACCAGUAGUCGAAAUCGAUCAGGAGGGCUUGGGGGACCCGCAGCCUGGUGCAAUCGUCGGGAUUCCCGGAAUUGACCAGAAUCUAUUUACCUUGACCAACCAUAAACCUGGAGACUCAAGGAAUGGAGACUCAAGCGACCGGGCUACAGGCUGGGGAUCGCCGCCGAAGUACAAGCCCACCACCCAGAGCUCUGUUUGUGCCGGUCUUGCGUGCACCAGAGUCCAGUAUGGCGACGAGAUCUGGCAAUUUGAAGACACACCCGUGGCUGUCAUAGCACGCAAGACUCCACGAGGCUACUCGUGGAUAGGACGAGCUUUCCUCAUCCGUGACCACCAAAGAGAUAGGUCAUCAUUAGAGAAUUCAAUAGCGUGGAUCAGGGACAGCACAAAACAUUCACGGGCCACGCCCGUCAUCCACGUUGAUUUGAAGGGGCUGUACGAGCUGAUGACUUGGGUCAACCUCGACCAAUAA